CCUACGAUAUAUGUGGUAGACCAGGGUCCAUUCAAGAAUCUCUCUUAUUUAAGAGCCCGUGGUCUUCUUUCCGCCUCCCGCACCACCAAGUCCCAUGGCCACCACCAAAACAUUGCUCUCCACCGUCGCCUCCGUCACCGCCUCCGUCGUCCUCGUCCGCACCAUCGCUAACGACCUCGUCCCCGAGCACAUCCGAUACUACCUCUUCUCCUCCCUGAGCUCCUUCCUCGGCCGCUUCUCCUCCCAGCUCACCAUAGUCAUCGACGAGCUCGAUGGCAUCACCGUCAACAAGAUGUACCGCUCCGCCGAGAUCUACCUCGGCACCAAAGUCUCCCCCGCCACCCGCCGUCUCCGCGUCACCAAGCAAGACGACUCCGAGGCCCUCGACGUCACCAUGGAGCGCGGCGAGGACGUCGAAGACGUCUUCCAAGGGGUGCGCUUCCGGUGGCAACUCCUAUCUCGGGAAGCCAACCGCCCCAUGUACCACACCCACCGCCGCCGCCACUACUUCUAUGACUCCACCCCGUCGGAAGUCCGCUACUUCCAGCUAACCUUCCACAGGAAGCACAAAGACCUGGCCCUCAAGUCCUACUUGCCUCACGUCCUGGACCAAGCCAAAGCGAUCAAAGAGCAGUCCAAAACGCUGAAGCUUUACACCAACGAGGACGACAUGUGGACGCCUGUGAAUCUCCAACACCCCGCGACAUUCGAGACCCUGGCGAUGGACGACGAGCAGAAGAAGGAGGUGAUGGAUGACUUGACCCGGUUCGUGAAGAGGAAGGAGUUCUAUAGGAGAACAGGGAAGGCCUGGAAGCGGGGUUACUUGUUGCACGGCCCGCCGGGGACCGGGAAGUCGAGUUUGAUCGCAGCGAUGGCGAAUUUUCUGAGGUUCGACGUGUACGAUUUGGAGAUGACGGAGGUGAGAAGCAAUUCGGCGUUGAGAUCUCUGCUCGUCGGGACGGCCAACCGAUCCAUACUGGUGGUGGAGGAUAUCGACUGCUCCCUCGACUUGCAGAACAGGGAUGGAGAGAAGAAGGUAGUCAAGGAAACCAAGAAUUCCGAUGAUGAAAUAGAAAAGGUGACACUUUCUGGUCUGUUAAACUUUGUCGAUGGGCUGUGGUCGAGCUGUGGGGAAGAGAGGAUCAUCGUGUUCACUACCAAUUACAAGGACCGGCUGGACCCGGCACUGCUGCGGCCGGGCAGGAUGGAUGUGCACGUUCCGAUGGGUUACUGCGGUCCCACCGGGUUCAGGGUGCUGGCUUCCAACUACCAUUGUCUCGGCGACCACCCACUCUUCAAGGAGAUCGAAGCAUUGAUCAAAGAGGUGGAGGUCACACCAGCCGAGGUUGCAGAAGAGCUGAUGAAGAGCGACGACGCCGAAAUCGCGCUCCGAGGGCUCAUCAUGAAGCUUAUCGAAACAAAGAAGAAGAAAGCCGCUGGUCCAGAUCAAAAUGAGGACCAGGAGGGUGGAGGAAACCUAAUUGAUGGAGGUCAAGCUUGAGAUUUUCUUUUCUUUUUUUUCUUUUUCUUUUUCCCCGGAGGAAUUCGUCAAAAGGCUUGCCAAUAAAGAUCAAAGAAGAAAGGGGGAGAUGAGAUGUUGGAGUCAUGUAGGUGUUGAUUGACUUACUGUAGUGAAACUUUUAAUUAAUUAGAAAAUUCCAACCAUCAAAGCAUGACGGUCUCCCGGGUUGACGGUGGUAUGUUUUGUGGUCCCAUCGAAGGUUGGAAACGACGAGGCCCACUGCCAAUAAAGGGUGCCCUUUUUUUCUCUUUUGGAGACGUCAAAUACUUUCCCUUACACGCCAGGCUUGGUCAUCAACUCAUCAUUAAGCGGACGAUCGUCAAACAAAAAGGUCCACAAGCGGAUACCAUUUCAUACAUGACACGUAUUAUUUGAUGACCAUUCAUUUUACCAUGGCGGCCAUCUAAAGAUGCACAACUUUUUGUGGUACUAUAAUAUUUGCCCAGGUCUUUGUCAUGACCCAAAGGCCAUUUCAUGCUGGAGAUUUUGUGCAGCGCUCACGAGAAGACGCAUGACCGAUCGUUAUUUUCUAACUUUUCUUUUUUGAUUUAUGAUAAAUAAACAUCCAGCUAUGAGAAGUGCAAUUUUCUUC